CCCGAAAUUUUCACGGCCAAUUUUCCGUCCACAGGUAAGCGCGUACGCAUGCCCUUCCGGUGCCAGCGCUCAGUCGAGCCGCGACCUCCGCGCGCGACGGACGUACGUACGUGACAAUCAUGAGUUCGGGCAAGCGGAAACUGUCGUUCCUGGGAUUCGCACCUUCUCAGGCGGAAGGGGAGGAGAUUCACCUGGACGAGGAGAUGGACCGAGUGGUGUGGGGGGAGACGAGGGCGGAGCCGCUGGACUCGACGCGGUACCGCGCGUCGACGGAGCCGCGCCGCGACAGCGCGGCCCCGGUUCCCCCCGAUUACGAAUCAACCCGAGAAGGUUUGGGCUGGAGCAGCUCGGGGACCUCGCCGGCGGAGCCGUCCCGGACCUCAACCAUGUCGCCGAAUCAGACCAUGUCGCCUUCUUCAUCGAGCAGCCCGCGCGAGGAUGGCGACCGUCACGUCCAGUUCGAUGGCCCGGCCCCGGCCACCCCCGACCCCGGAACGACGCCGAACGACGAGAGCGACUUGCGGCGCGAGCAGCGGACCGCCCGCCUACACCACCGCCACCAAGGCCGCAAGUAUUCUCUCCAAGAAGGCGCGCGGGGCGGAACAGUCCGAACGGACCACCCUACGCCGACGGAGCGUGUCUCAACGGCCGAGGAGCUGCGAGAGGCGGAUGCUGAUGACCUCGCCAGCCACCGGACCGACGACCCAAAGGGCCUCCGUCGUCACCUGAUACAUCAGACUAAGGAUACGUCCACGGUCCACGUGGGACGGCGGGAGGGAGGCGAUCGUCUCAAUUCCCUUAUUAAUGAGAAGAAACUGUAUGACCGUAAUCCGCAUUCCGUAUUCGUACAACUAGACGAACUCCUAGCCACCGGCGACGGCGAGGCCGAAUGGAAGGAAACAGCCAGAUGGAUCAAAUACGAGGAAGACGUGGAAGAAAGCGCGGGCCGCUGGGGACAGCCUCACGUGGCUUCGCUAUCCUUCCACUCACUCCUCAAUCUUCGGAGGUGCCUGGAGACGGGAGUGGUACUGCUGGACUUGGAGGAGCGUGAUCUGCCCGGUGUUGCUUACAGGGUGGUGGAGCGUAUGGUGGACGACGGACUUAUAGAGGAGGAUGACAAGCCUGUGGUCAUGAGGAGUCUGUUGCUCCGCCAUCGUCAUGUCCAUGAUGACCGCUUCCGUUUCUCCAUCGGACGGAAGCAUGCUUCUUACACCAGCUUGCAGUCGAUCUGGAUGGAGGAGGGCGGGCGCGGAUCUUUCGGCGCCCGGGGGUCCCUGGGCACCGCGGCGCCCGCCCCGGCGCCCGCCGGACGACGCCACAGCUUGUUUCCACUCGGACUCGGCGCUAAAACCAACUUGGCGGACCCACGUCGGCGCCGAAGCUCAAAUGCUAUACCACUGGACAAACCCAGCAUGCACGAGGUGAAGAAGAAGGUAUCCACGGCCGGCUCCGAGAAGAUAGACCUCAAGGAAGUGGAGUAUACAGUCGCUGGUUCACAGGAUGAACUGCGCCGUGGCCACAAUGAAGCCAUCAUGAAGCGCAUCCCCGGAGACGCAGAAGCCACGACCGUCCUCGUAGGAGGUGUCGGCUUCCUCGACCAGCCCACCAUCGCCUUCGUCCGUCUCGCACAUGGCAUCCUCAUGCCCUCGAUCACGGAAGUCCCCAUCCCUGUCCGGUUCAUGUUCAUCCUUCUGGGCCCUGUGACUGCCGAACUAGACUACCACGAAGUCGGUCGAUCCAUCUCAACUCUAAUGGCGAAUCCUUCUUUCCACAAUAUCGCUUAUAAAGCUGACGACAGACAAGACCUACUAUCAGCCAUCAAUGAAUUCUUAGACGAUUCCAUCGUGCUCCCGCCUGGUGAUUGGGAGCGGCAGGCGCUCCUACCAAUGGAUGAGCUCCGUGCGAAGAGCGAGAUGAUUCGCCGUCGCAAAGCCAACGCAUUGGAGAAGAAGAGGGCUUCAGUAGCUGCUGGGGCUGGGGCUGUGACCAUUUCUGAGGAGAAACAAGCGCUGCUGAGGAUGGAGACGGCCGGAUUGCCGCCUAAGGAACCUGAGGGGCCGCUUGAACGCACCGGACGACUUUUCGGAGGCGUGAUCCGUGACAUCAAACGGCGCUACCCGUACUACAUCUCCGACUUCACGGAUGCUCUGAACGGGCAGUGUGUGGCCGCCACCAUCUUCAUGUACUUCGCCGCUGUGUCCUCCGCUAUCACGUUUGGAGGCCUGCUGGCUACUAAGACGGAUGGGAAUAUUGGGAUCUCUGAGACAUUGCUAUUCACUAGUUUCGGUGGCAUACUCUUCGGGCUGCUAGCGGGGCAGCCGAUGAUGAUAACGGGAGCGACUGGCCCCCUUCUACUUCUGGAUGAAUCGCUCUUCAGCUUUUGCAAGUCUUACGGGUUCGACUUCUUGGCUGCGAGGAUGUAUUGCGGACUAUGGAUGAUCGUAAUAGCACUGCUGAUCGCUUCUGUUGAGGGCAGCGUUGCUGUCAAGAAAAUCACAAGGUUUACAGAAGACAUCUUCGCGUUCCUCAUCUCCUUGAUAUUCAUCUGCGAGCCCAUCACGAGUCUGAUCAACGUGUACCGAGCUCAUCCUCUGGGCAUUGAGUACGCCAUGUACGGGAAAAACAUCAGCACACCCGGGAAUAACACUGUCCUCAACGGCACUGAAGCGGACAACGCCACUGUGUGGGGUCCUCCUCUUCUGCCGCCGCCGCCUGCGCCACAACCAAACACCGCUCUGUUCUGCACAAUCCUCACCAUGGCUACCUUCAUCAUCGCCUACUACCUGCGUAUCUUCCGUAACGGCAAAUUCCUUGGACGCAGCGCGCGACGUGCGUUAGGUGACUUCGGAGUCCCAAUCGCCAUAGUCCUGAUGGUGGGUCUGGCAUCUGCUGUUCCUGUCUACACUGACACAUUGCGUGUUCCCGAGGGUCUGCACCCCACUUCCCCCCGAUCUUGGCUGGUGAUAAUGAAUCCUGGCCUGGCGACUAUUCCAGCCUGGGCCGCGUUCGCUAUGGCCCUGCCUGCGCUCAUGGUCUACAUCGUCGUUUUUAUGGAGACGCAUAUCGCAGAGUUGAUCGUCGACAAACCCGAGCGCCGACUGAAGAAAGGCAGCGGCUUCCACAUGGACAUUGUGAUCAUGUCGUUCGUGAACUGCAUUUGCGGCAUGUUCGGCGCGCCGUGGCAGUGCGUGGCGACCGUGCGGUCGGUGUCGCAUGUGGCGGCGCUCACUGUCAUGUCGACCACGCACGCUCCUGGUGACAAGCCGCAUAUCGUUGAGGUUAAAGAGCAACGCCUGACUGGUCUACUGGUAGCCUUCCUCACUGGUCUAUCGGUGUUGGCCUCCGGUCUCCUCACCCUCGUGCCGAUGGCUGUGUUGUUUGGGGUGUUCUUCUACAUGGGCAUCUCCGCGCUGGGAGGCAUACAGUUCUGGGACCGUUGUAUACUUAUGUUGAAGCCGGUGAAGCAUCACGCUCAAGUGCCCUACGUGAGAAGGGUACCAACGUGGAAGAUGCACAUGUUCACGCUGGUGCAGCUGUCCGGCAUCAUAGUGCUGUACACGGUCAAGUCCUCGCGGUUCUCGUUGGCGAUGCCGUUCUUCCUGGUGAUGAUGGUGCCAUUGCGUAUGUCGCUGGCCUGCUUGUUCACACCGCUUCAGCUCCGCGCGUUGGACGGAGUGCAGAAAGAAACGGAUGAUGAUGAACCGGAUUUCUACCAAGAGGCACCGUUGCCGUAAACGCGAGCGUCAACGGAAACGCUCAUGUGAUUCCUUCUACAUAUCUGCCAAGAAUCGUUGGUGGACGGAACAUUCCCCGGUUUACUGAUGUGCCUCCGGAAUGUUUCCAAAACUGCGAAAUUUUGCACAUUGAAAAAUUUCGGAAAAUUUUCAUAUUUUUGUGUGUAUCGAAAUUUUCCGUUUCCGUAAUUGUCUAUGAAAUUUUCUUGAAAUUUCCGAGAAUUUUCCCAGUUUUUUUUUUAACUCCGUAACUGGCAUAUUGUAUUCGCCUUCUGUACGUUAUAUGAAAACGCCAAUUUAUUGAGAUUUUAGGUAUAGAAGUUUAUUUUUCAUGCCAAAGAGACACAUCGUGGAUUAAUUAGCUUGAGAGAAGACUAGUAGACGAUUAAAUUAAAAUCUUACGGUUUUAUGCAACUGGCCCGUGGAACUGGCAACUGGAACUUGGCCCUUAUACUGGACAUUGAAUUUCUAAUAAUUACUGAUGUGUCGUCGGAGAGUUCCCAAAAUUGCGAAUAUUACACAUUGAAAAAAAUUCCGGGUAUCACCAUAUUUUUCUAUGGUGAGCGUAAUAUUCCGUUUUCAAAUGUAAGAGUACUUAUUUUUCUAUGAAAUUAUUCUGAAAUUUCCAAGAACUUUUCCAACUUUUUAAAACUCACCGUAACUCGAAAUCUUUAUUACGCGUGCAUACACGCAGUAUCUUUUUGGCACUUUUCGAUAUUUCGUGUAAUGACCACUUAAAAAAUAUUGUAUGAAAUAUUGUUGCCAACAUUAUUUAAAUGUCAUGUCAUGUUUUUUUUAAUUUAAUUUUUUUUAAUCCUCUAACAGAAGUGUAUCAGAUCUUACUAUUUAAAAUAGUAGAAGAUACCGUAGGUAGAAAUCCACUAGAUGACAUGAAAAAUAUUUGUUAAAUUUACAAUUUUAUUUCAAAGUAAGCGCUUGGUAGUAGAAAAAGUAUUGUAUGUAGCGUUGUUUAACUGAGUCAAAAAAUACUCGUGGCGUCUUUAUUAACAAUUUUCAGCUUCGCCUCAAAUUGUUACUCACGCCACUCGCCUUUUUGACUUUUAAACAACGGUUGCAUAAAAUACUAUUAAACUAUUUUGAUUUUAUUAGUUAGUUAGUGAAGUUUAUUACUUCAACUUCAACUUAAGUUUGUUAAAACGGCCUCUUACUUACUCUGUACACUUAUAAUUAAUAGUAGAGAAACUAAGGAAAAAUGUAUUUAGUACUGUUGUUUUAUUUUAGGAUUCUAUAUAGAAAGUAUUAUUGUUAUGAAUGGUAAUGACUUAUUCGAAGAUUGUGCAGUUCAAUGAUAUAUCAGAACGAAAAUUCGUGAAAAAGAGACGCACUGAUUCUUACAUAUUUAUUCAGACUAUAUCUUUAGAAUAAGCUUGAGGAUAAUGGAGUUUACGAGAGUUAAAAUUAAUAUAAAAUAUAUGUUAGAAGAUUACAGUAGUGUGUUGUUUGAAUCUUUGCAUCUUUAAAACAUUACAAUUUUAAAAUUCAAUGUUAGUUGAUAUAUAAACAUUUAUGUACCUACUAUUGGGGACAUUCGCGGUGAACCAGUUCAGAAUGUUUUUACCUAGAUCCUUACGAGCGAGCUAUCCACCCAUAGAGAUCUCAGAUCACCAAUUACGAUGCAUUUAGGAUUCUAUAUCUUAAUAAUGAAAAGGGUAAAAGCAGGUAAUGAGGCAAAUGGGUAGUGAGGACAAUUUAUAGUUGUUGUUGUUUAGGCUAAGCUUCACCUGCCCAGAUAACCGAUUAGGAUACAUUUUGGAUUCCUUAUCUUAGUUUGCAAAUGCCGGCCAUCACUAAAGACAAUGGAUGGCAAUAAAUUUCAUCUGAACUAACCUUUUUUUUUCAACACCCACAUUUUUAAGUGACAUGCUAUUGGUCAUCACUCUCGUGUAAUCGCCUGACCGCCUGCAAGACGUUUAAACGAUUUUUGCCCUUAAGGUCCGCAAAUGUCCCCGAUUGUACAUCACACAGUAGUUGUGUCCAUAAACAAUUUUAAUAAUAGAGUUAAAUAUAUUAUAAUCCUUACGAGUAUGACCGUGAGAACGUGACUGUAUGGAUUAUUCUUUGCUAAGGUACUUAAUUUCCAUAUUUAUUAUCGGGUUCACUGUGGGGGUCAUAAAAAGAGCUUAUAAAUACACUUUUGUACAGUCGCAACCAGAUAUAUCGGAGCGGCCAAGGUGCUCAAAAUAUCUGCACACGCGCUUGACAAUAGAGGCGUGUUCAGAUAUUUGUGAGCACCUAGGCCGGUCCGAUAUAUCUGAUGGUGUCUCUAUUGGGUAACUAACGAAAAAACGAAUUAGUUUACUUUGGGUUUUUGGCUCGGCAUAAUACAAAUAUACACAUUGUGAUACCUACUCUUUUUCUUGCGUCAUCAUAUAAUUAGUAAAAUAUCUAUAAAAAGUUAGUAACAACGACAUUUUAAAAUUCCUACUAAAUGAUUUUAGUUGGUACAAAGUGUCUCUGGAAGUGUGGAUCAAAUCGAAUACUAAACAAAAAGUCGUGGAAGUAUGACUACUGGGUCACCUUACUUCUGAUAUAUAGCCAUCAAAGGCAUUGCUCGAAGCAUUGCUUUUACCUUUCCUGAGAAAAUAUAACUAAGUAGUCUCAAUAAGGCCUUAGUGAAAUAGUAACUUAGGCCUAAGCCAGAGGCAGAUGUGAAACUAAUUUCACCUCUGUAUAGAAAUGAUAAGGGCAAGUAUUUUUUAGGGUUCCGUGACCAAAGGGUAAAAACGGACCCUAUCACUAAGACUCCGCUGUCUGUCUGCCGUCUGUCACCAGGCUGUAUCAUAUGAACCGUGACAGUUGAAAAUUUUCACAGAUGAUGUAUUUCUGAUGCCGCUAUUACAAAUACUAAAAACAGAAUAAAAUCAAUAUUUAAGUAGGGCUUCCAUACAACAAACGUGUUUUUUUUGUCGGAACCCUUCGUGCGCGAGUUCGACUCGCACUUGGCCGGUUUUUUUAUGAUAUAGGAGCAAUUUCCGUCCUCGGACGCGAUAACACCAGAGGGCAGCGAACCUGCCUGUAACAUAGCUUUGCCUGCGUUGCCGGCCUUUAAGAUUGGGAGUACGUUCUUUUCUGGAAGGUUUGAAGGUCGGCUCGAAAAUACGGCGAGCGACAGUUCAUUCCAAAGCUGUGCGAGACAGGAAAUUUCUGGAAAAACGCAGUCAUGUCAUGGCAUGUGUCUCCUCGGGGUCCUUUAGAAUGCGACAGGAAAAGCGCUGAGAUAAGUUAGCAGUACUGAUGUGCCGUUGUAAAGAUUCAAAGUUAUGAAUCUUCUCAAAUGAUUUUUAGGACUCAGACCCUAACCCGUUAAACAAAAGCCUUUGUUUCUUAUAUGGAGAGGCACCUUAGUCGCGUGCCGAGCGCGUGCCAAAGCAACCAUGUCGUUAAAAGCAACUUUACUAUCGUGAUAGUAGUAAGGUUCAAAAUGUAACAGCUCAUUUUGAGAUAACGAGUUUGGGUGGGACGAUCGGAAGACAGUGUGUGGCCUCAAAAUACAGAGCUGCUCCAUAAAUUUGAUUUAAUAAAAAUUUAAUCGAGUUUGUGUCCGUUCAGUCAGUAGCGGUAGCAUUGGUAACCGCUGAAUAAAUAAACAAAGGCUUUUGUUUAACAGAUUAGGGUGGG